AUGAAAACAAACUACAUUAUCAAAGUAAGAUUCUCUGACCACGCCACAGCCAAACGAAUCAAGGAGAAAGGGAUUUACCUCUUCAAGGCCAGACGUCAGAAGACCGGAUGGCGUGACGAUCUCGAUGCCUUCAGAAAAUCUCUCAUGUCUUUUAUGUGUUUAAAAUAUUGUCAAAUGCCGAUCUCCCGUUGCAUACUUCCAGAGACAAGGCAGCCUUGCAAAUUGAAAGCAGACGCCCUACAGACCAGUGCUAUGGCGCAAGAAGGCAAGACAAGCGAGAACUUUGUCCUGGAGGCCGAGCAGCUGGAGGAGGUCCUCCGCAGCGGCCUGAAGGAGAAGCUGGGCGAGGGAGCGAGCGGCAAGGCGCUGCUCGUCCGCUGGGGCGAGGGCGACGCCGUGCUCAAGCUGGCCCAUUCCGGAGUGUUGGACAACUCGACGCUCUCCGACGACGAGCUGCUGCGCCUGAGCCUCCGCCUGUGCGUGGCCGUCCAGGAGGUGCACGACAGGGGCUACAUUCACAACGACCUGAUGGACGACAACGUGGUCGUGGACGAGGCCACAGGGCGCGUGAGCAUCAUCGACUUCGGCAACGCCUGCCGCCGUGGCCAGAGCGUCGGCUACAGCGCCAGCUCCAACGCCAACCUGGCGCCCGAAAUCCUGGGCGGCGGCCCGAGCACCGCGGCCUCCGACGUCUUCUCGGUCGGCUACAUGCUGGAGCAGAUCCUCGACGAGAUGGCGCAGCCCUCCAGCACGCUGGGGCGCCUGGCGCGGGAGAUGCAGAGCGCGGACCCCCGCCGGAGGCCCACCCUGCCCGUCGCCAUCUACCUCCUCGACAGCUGCUACCUCUUCGGGGACGACAGCGACAGCGACAGCGACAGCGACAGCGACAGCGACAGCGAGAGCGAGAGCCAAGCGGCGCCCCAGAAGCGCAGCGCCGAGGACGUGUUCCUCAGCGAAGCGACGAAGCGCCGGCGCUGCGAGUGA